AUGAACGCUCUUAUCGAAGCUCUCAAAGCAGAUAGCGUCGAAAAAAUGGAAGCUGCAGUUCCAAGUGGAGAGAUAGACUUUCCAAUAACUUCUGAAGUCCCUGAUCUUUUAGUUGACAGAUCAAAUUUAUUAGGAUGGGCAUCUUACUUUGGAGCAAAGAAUUGUGUUAUUCACUUGAUUGAAAAAACAGAAUCAUCAUUAAAUUGUGAUGCUUUAAAGCGUGAUCCCAUUCAUUUUGCCGUUGCCGCAGGACAACUCGAAUUAGUGACAUUCCUUUGCGAAACACUUAAUCAAACAUUCAAUGAAGACAAAGCCGGAUGGACACCAUUACAUUAUGCUGCAACGUUCGGCCGUGUAAAAGUCGCCCAAUAUUUAAUUGAACACGGAGCAAACGUCAACAAAAAGGAAUUACUUGGCAACCUUCCUAUCCAUUUCGCAUCUCUUAAUGGAUGCUUUAAAGUUCUCCAAGAAUUAGUUUCACAUCAAUGUGAUAUUGAUUCUAAAAAUACUCUCGGAAUUACACCAUUCUUAUACGCUGUUAGAUAUGGACAUGUUGAUAUUGCUAAAUUCUUAAAAGAACAUGGCGCAAAUCACACAAAAGUAGCUAAAAACGGACAAAACGCUCUUCACUUUGCUGCCCAAUCCCGUUCAAAGAAGAUGAUCAAAUACAUAUACGAGUUUGGAAUGAACGUCAAUUCCUUUACAGAAAUUCAACGUACACCGAUGCAUUAUGCCGCUGUUAGAGGUUUCGUUGAUGGAAUUAAAUUCCUCUACAACAAAGAAGGAGAUUAUUCUAUUUCUGAUGUUAAUGGUAUUUUGCCAAUCCAUUUGGCUGCAUCUGAUGGCGGAAUAGCUGUCCUCAAGAUGCUUAAGCAGUUGGGUGCUGAUAUUACGGCGCAAGACAAAUUUGGAAUGAACGCACUGCAUUACGCAGCUCAGGCUGGUGAUGUUGAAUGCGUAAAAUACUUAUUAAAUUAUAUCGACGUAGCCUCAAUGACAGUUCGCGGUUGGACAGCAUUACAAUAUGCAGCAUCUAACAACAACAAGAAUUGCUGCACAGUUUUACUUGAAAAAGGAGCUUUAAUAGAUGAAAAGAACAUUUACGGACGCGAUGCAAUUAUGAUUGCCAAUGAAAACAGAUUUACGGAUUUGGCUGAAUAUCUAAGUCAAAGUCACAAUAAGAGCACCAGUCAUUCAUUAAGAAAUUAA